GAAAUUCAAACGAGGCGAACUCCGCCCGCCCGGCGCGGAGCCGGCCGAGAGGUCGAGGCAGGGCCGAGUUAAAGGCGGCGGCGCUCCCGGUCCAGGCAAGUCCCAGGCUUCCUGGGCUCCUUGGGCGGGAUUGAGCCCGCCACCAACGUGAGCUGCGGAGACUUAAAGAGUGCGGACCCCGCCCCCGGCCCCUGAUGGCUUCGGAGCAGUGGUUCGUGGGGCCGCUCCCCCUGGGCCCUGGAGAAACGCCGCCCUUGGACGACUUGGAACCCGGGACGCAGCCCUGCAGAGAUCCCUCGUGGUCAACGCCGCCCGGCAGGCCUGAGGACCCACCCGAGCUGGAGCCAGAGGAUGCCCAGGGGCAGUUGCUGGAGGUCCCUGCCUCCAUGCCUUCCCCCGAGCCUCCAGCCCCUGACCGGGGGCCGACCCCAGCUCGCCUACCCCUGGACGCUAUGUUCAGCCCCAUCACGGAACAGCUCCGCUACCUGCUUAAGAAGGCAGAUGACUUCCAAAGCUACUUGCUCUACAGCAGGGACCGAGUGCAGAAGGAACAGCUGGCAAAGGCCAUGCCCACCUUCUUAAAGAUGUGUGAGCCUUACUUCUUAUACCUGGAGGCUGCAGCGAGGAGCAUGCCCCCCAUCUAUGGAGCCCUGCAGGAGCUGGUUCGAAAGGGGCUGUUGGAGAUCUCCCAACAGCUGACUCUACGCCUGGAACAGCUGGUCCUCAUGUAUGCCUCCUUUGGGUUCGUGGACCUGGAGGAGACUGACCCCCUGAGCAUCUCCUGCUUCUUCUGUGGAAGGUUCUCCAUCAGCCCUUCCCACGAAGUGUCCAUCUUCAGAUACUGUACCCCAGCCGCCUACACCGCCAGCCGCUUCCCCCGGUACCUCUAUAAGAAAAUGCGCUGGAACCUGGAAACCACCCCAGAGCCCAGCAAUCGAGGACAAGAUCCCCAUGUGGAUUACUACUUCCUGUGCUAUCGAGAUACAUGGGAGGACACAGGCCAGAAUCCAGCCAACUCGUGUCCCCAGAUCCAGAAGCUGUGGUCCAUCGGCCGAUGGGUGCCCCUAGGGCCAGCUGAAGAUGACCUUUAUUCAUGGAUUUUGUGCCCGCAGCCUCCUGGGGACUACCAACAGCUGCUGACUAUCGGCUUCGAGGAGCCGUCGCACAUGCUGGCCACCGACCUGCUGGUGCAGAUUCUCAUGGGUCAGGCAGGCCCGGCUCGGCCCCCCAGCGCUGUCGGGCCUCCGGCGUGGACUGCGCAGGGGCCUUGAACCUGGGGAAGAAGGUGGGGGCUGGAGCUUGACAGUUCCAAACUCCCAGAGAGGGGCCAGGGGAGGGGCUCACUCGUUCUCCUAGCGCAGCCUGGCCUCGCCUUCCAAGGGGCCAGGCCGGGCUGGCCAGUCUGCACUAAGUCCAGCCCGGUCCGGCCGGCCGGCCGCGGAGCCGGGAGUGCAGACACACCAGUUUUGUGUUAAAUAAAAGAAAGAAAGAGGU